GAGCCCAUGAGCAUCGACUGUGGGCACAGCUUCUGCCGCGAGUGCAUAACAGAUUUACUUGUUAAUCAACGACAAGGGACAUCAUCCCCAAAGAGGUCCCACUGUCCCCUGUGUCGGGCACCCUUUAAGAAGGACAAUCUCCGGCCCAUAAAGCAACUGGAAAACCUCAUUGAGUGCCUCAAGGAGCUGGAGCGUGAGAGGCUGUGUGAGGAACACGGGGAGCAGCUCCACCUGUUCUGUGAGGACGACGGGCAGCUCAUCUGCUGGCGCUGUGAGCGCUCCCCCCAGCACAGAGGACACACCACAGAACUUGUGGAGGAGGCAGCCCUAGGCUACAGGGAAAUUUUCCAGAAAGCUCUGACUGAACUGAGGGAAGAGGAAAACCAAUAUCAGAGCCUGAAGUUGACCACAAAAGAGCAAAUAAGGCAAUGGAGGGAGAAGAUAGUGCAUGCGAGAAGUAAAAUCCAUUUUGACUUUGAGAAUCUCUACAACUUCCUCCGUGUUGAGAAGUGUUAUCUGUGGAGACUGGAGAGGGAAAAAGAGCAGACUCUGAAGAGUUUGCAGGACAAUGAGGCGAGUCUGGAAAAGCAGAUCCAGGAACUCAAGAGCCACAUCCAGGAACUAGAGAAGAAAUGUCAGGGCCCAGCCCAGGAUUUGCUGCAGGACAUGAGAGACACCUUGGGCCGGAGUUUGACUGUGAAGCUGAAUGUACCAGAGGCUGUGUCUUUGGAGCUUCAGACUGUGUAAUAUUUCUGAGCUUUACUUGGAUUUGAAGAA